AUGUCGCUCUCGCAGGCAGAGGAAGCCGCCAUCGGCCGAGCCGUCGAUUCCAGGGAGUCGGUUCUCACCCAGGCCGCCGCACGCGUCUAUCUGGCCAAAGGCAACCCGGGGCAGUGGCGAUACGAGAUAACCGGGGCAGCAAUACUGGUCCGUGGAGAGAACGGAUCCCGCAGCAUCAAAGUGAUGUCGGUCGAGAGCCAACAGAUCCAGUGGCAAACGCCUCUUCAAGACGACGCCGAGUAUCUCGAGGAUCGCCCGUAUUUCCACAGCUUUCCCAGCGACAAGCACCAGUGCAUGGUUGGUCUCUCGUUUGCAAACGAAUCCGAGGCCAAGACGUUCCUCAAGCAGGUGCAGCUCAAGGAUUACGAGGACAAGCCGUCCCAGCCCGUCGCAAGGGCCCCUUCAACGACAGGCAGAGCACCCCCGCCUGCAGUACCAUCGAAUCCGCCGCCUGUGGAAAUCUCUCGGCUUGGAGCGCCGGCUCUGACCCCACAGCGGCUGUCUACGACCAACGCUGGUGCUUCGAGGAACGAUGGCUACCUCGCGCCGACGGGACAAGCUCCCAUCAGCAAGAGUAUGAGCACCCCUAAUCGAAGCGAUAGCAGCCAAAGCCUCAGCAAGCAGGCCAAGGACAGCGGCGGCGGUGGAUUCUUUUCAAUGGGCAAGAAGAACGACAGCAAAGGCGGCAAGAACAAGUCCCAAAAGGUCACCAAAGAAAUGAUUAGCGGCCCAAGUAACUUUGAGCAUAUUUCCCAUGUUGGAUUCGACAAGCAAAAGGGGUUCACGACACAAAACAUUCCUCAGGAAUGGAAGCUUGUGUUUGAAAAGGCGGGCAUCACCGAGCAGCAGUACAGGGAAGACAAAAAAAUCAGGAAAGCAGUCAACAAGUUCAUGAAGGAGCACGGCGACGAAAUUGCACUCCAGAGCCAGACUGCGACAGCACCUCCUCCGCCAACCCGAGCCGCGCCAGCGGCAGGAGGCCCUCCUCCUCCGCCUCCUCCCCCUGGACCACCACUUCGAGCACCCGACAGCGACGAACGAAGCGGAUCCGCAUCAACGCCUGUGCUGCGGACUGCCAGGAGCGAGUCUACGCCAGACUCGCGCAACCAGUUGUUGGAUGCCAUCCAGCAAGGAACCAAGCUACGGUCAGUGCAUGACCGCCAGGUCUCGGCACCAGCCCCGGAACCUGCCAAGGACGUGGGUGAUCUGGCAGCGAUUCUGAAGGCCGCGCUGCAGAACCGAAACCAGGUUAUGGCAGACUCCUCCGACGAAGACGAAGAAGACGAAGAAGAAGACUGGAGCUAGAACUGCGCCGGGGGGCGGGGCACGACGCCAGGAGUCGCUUGAGGAGCUGAAUGCACUGCAUCAAACUGAAGAGAAAACGAGAACGCUGCGAUUGUAUCGCCGACACUGGCUUUCUUUGGAUAUGAAUAUACACGCCUCCGUUGCCAUCCACUCUGCCAUCCACGUUGAUAGGCGCUGCAGUGUGGAAUUGUG